AUGGCUGGAUCUGAGGAGUGUGACAGCUCACAGCCAGUUUGUCUGCAACAACCCUCAAAACACCAGCAGAUCUCCCAAAAUGUGUUCACAUACUUACAGAACAGACAACUGGGGAUAUCUAGAAAUAGCAUCGAUCUCUCCCAGUGGAUAUGGAUGUUUUCAUGA